UAAUAUAAAAUGACUGGCCGAGGAAAAGGUGGAAAAAUAAAGAGCAAAGCAAAGACUAGAUCAAGCCGAGCUGGACUUCAAUUUCCCGUUGGAAGAAUUCACAGGUUACUGAGAAAAGGACACUAUGCUAAAAGAGUAGGUGCUGGAGCUCCCGUAUAUCUCGCUGCUGUGAUGGAAUAUUUAGCUGCCGAAGUUUUGGAACUGGCAGGAAAUGCAGCAAGAGACAACAAAAAGACGAGGAUCAUACCUAGACACUUGCAAUUAGCUAUUAGAAAUGACGAAGAAUUAAACAAAUUGCUAUGCGGGGUAACGAUAGCUCAAGGAGGAGUAUUGCCCAAUAUUCAAAGUAUCUUAUUGCCGAAAAAGUCUGAAACUUCCGCUUAAAUCUUAAAUGAUUAAAUACCCAACGGCCCUUUUUAGGGCCACCAAAAAUUUAUGGAUGCUAAACUGCUUUAGUGUAAUAAUUAAUAUAACGAAUAAUGUCAAAUAAAAUUUAAUAAAGAUUUUUUGAGUAUUCUUGAUUGACCGGGUUGCAAAAUAUCAUUGAUAAAUCUGGGAAAAAUAUUAGUUUAAAAAUGUAGCCCUCGCCACUAAAUGUAUGAAACUUGUGACAUGCUGCCAGGCGUAAUGGAGAUUUUUAGUAACGAAAUGGAAAUAUUUUCAUGUUAAAAACUAGCACAUUACAGACAUUUACAUGUAAAUGCAUUUUUAAGCAAAUAAUAUUAAAAAUACUAUACAUUCUGGCGAGUAAUCAAUCCCACUCAUCCUGAAUUUUUCUGUUCUUGUAAAUAUCAUUUUAAUCUAAUAAAAAAAUUCCUUCCUAUC